CCGCGAGCUCUUUCGCUGUGGACGCUUCUCUUGUACCGUGUGGUCGUGUGCUCUGAUAGCCUCGCCGCUUCUUCCGCUCCGUCUGCGGACUUUCACACCGCCGAGCGCCGCAGUGAGGAGCACACAGCGCGCUCUGCUCGGCCCCUCCAGCGCCUCUGCAGACGGCGGUGAGCCCGAUCGCCUCAGCAGCGAUGUUGCAGUGCGCCUUCUGGCUCUGCUUGUGCGUCCUAAUGCGUUCGAGUGGACUUUCGCUCGGAACCGGCUUUAUUUACCAGUUUCCAGGACUAACAGUGCAACAUGUGAGCUCAGAACAGAGUGCUGGACCCCCAGCUGCUGGCGUUAACAUCAACUCUCAGCGCAGAAACUGGUGUCAGUACACGGUAUCGAAGACGGUCACGUGCCAGGUGCACAACGGCACAGAGACGACGGUGCAGAGGGUGUUUCAAGGCUGUCGGUGGCCGGGACCCUGCGCAAAACUCAUCAGUUACAGGGCACUGGUCAGACCUGCUUAUAAGGUGGCCUACCGGCAGGUGACCGCACUGGAGUGGAGGUGCUGUCCUGGCUUCCUGGGCAGUGACUGCAGUGAAGAGUGUAUGAACUGUACCGGUUACACUGACCUAAGCAGUCGUCUGAACACCAUUGAGUCUAAGAUCAAGCUGUUGGAGGUGGCCAGACCUCGGCCACCGCCCGUUCAUAAGUUGCCAGAGGGAUCAACAGACAACGAGGUGGAGACAUCCAACCCCACCACUAUUGGACCCCCUCCCUUCUGGCAACCAGGUACAAGAGGUCCUCCAGGGCCUAUUGGACCUCCUGGUAUUCCUGGCUCCUCAGGCCCUCCUGGACCUGCAGGACAGACGGGUGCUCCAGGGCGACCAGGACCCACGGGCCCAAAGGGGCAGAGAGGCUUCCCAGGUGAAAUCGGUCUUCCAGGGCCUCCAGGACCUCCAGGGCCUCCAGGGCAACCUGGCCUGCCCAACUCCAUCCCUCUGAGGGGGGAUGUAUUUCAGGCGAUAAAUCGGGACGAAACAAAUGCGGCCCCUGCCGGACCUCCGGGACCACCUGGUCCUUCAGGCCCCCAAGGGCCCCCUGGAAUCCCUGGCACAUCGGGACAAGAUGGCAUGAGCGGCCUCCCGGGCAAGGCUGGAGUUCCAGGACCUAAAGGAGACCCAGGAGAAAGGGGACUUCCGGGAUUAAUCGGAGAGCAAGGACAACCUGGUCUAGUGGGCACUAAGGGGCAGAAGGGAGAGCCAGGAGAAAGCCUGCCGGACGGUGACGGGAUUCAGCAGCUGAGAGAAGCUCUGAAGAUCCUGGCUGAGAGAGUGCUCAUUCUGGAACACAUGAUUGGCAUCCAUGAGAGCCCAGCUGAGGGCGGAUCUGGUCUGGAAGGUCUGUCGGAUCCUCUUCCCCUGCCUGCUGUGAAGAUCAAACGGGCCCAAUCCGCCGCUCUCCGCUCAGGCCAACAGAAGAGGAGGAGUGUUUGACAUUUACACGAAAGCUGUCACUCAUUACUGUCCUGAAUGAUCCUAUUAGGCCUGAUAGAAGGGCCUUAUCGAAACAUCCCGACUUUUCAGUUAUAAGUCAUGUGUUUUUUUGCUGUACAAUGUUGACAAGUUGUGUAUUCCUUUUAAGAUGUUUUUUUUUUUUUGUGUUCUUUCAAACCGGCCUGCCAGCUUGUUGUUGAGUUGACGUGCAGGGUUGUGGACGAAGCACAAAACACACCAACACACAGUAAAUUAUGUCUUCUAGAUUUUUGGCUUGUCGACUGCCAGAUCAGCUUGCAGGCUCUGCAGUUUGCCUUACCUGUAUCCACGAGGCAGCAGGACUUUUUCGAGUGCAGGUGUUGUGCACAGACACGCUUCACCCGCUGCUCAGCAUCUCUCGGCCCGAUUUCGGCUCCCCAGCUUGUUAAAGCUGCGGUGAGACAGGACGGAACAAAUGAGCCCCCCCGCCUACCAGGCAGCUCCAAAUAAAGCGCCGUCAAACCAGAAACAUCUGGAUGGUCCGUAACAAAAGCAGCCCAGCCUGCUAUUGUUUUUGCUCUCCAGCCCAGAAACACCUUGUUCAGAUUUUAGUAGGAGGUGUUCUAUCAGCUAAAUUGCAACUGUGGCGUUUAUUUCCCUUUGGUUGCCUCCUUUUGUUCCCCUGCAUGCCGUUUCUACUUUGUGAGUCACAAUAAAAGACAUAUCACUCCGACUCAGAGCGGUUUACCCCUGAGUGUCUUUACCGAGAGUCUGUCUGCAGAAGCGAAAUUAAUAAGGUACUCGUUCU